AUGGCCUUGCUGUUGAACUCCCAAGGCCAGACACCGCUGGUGCCGUUUGCCAACCCGCCACCGCUGCAGCCGCCCGCCCCGGCUCCGCCGCACCCCACCCCUGGCCCAGCCGCCACUGCAGCCCCCGCAACAGUUCCCCCAGUUCCACGUCAAGUCCAGCCCCCGCAACAGUUCCCCCAGUUCCACGUCAAGUCCAGCCUGCAGAUUAAGAAAACCGCCAUCACCGACGACUACAAGGUCACCACCCAGGUCCUGGGACUGGGCAUCAACAGGAACGUCUUGCAGAUUUUCAACAAGAGGACCCAGGAGAAAUUCGCCCUGAAAAUGCUCCAGGAUUGCCCGAAGGCGCGCAGGGAGGUGGAGCUGCACUGGCAGGCCUCCCAGUGUCCACACAUCGUCCGCAUCGUGGACGUCUAUGAGAAUCUGUACGCCGGGAGGAAGUGCCUGCUGAUUGUCAUGGAAUGUUUGGAUGGUGGAGAGCUCUUCAGCCGCAUCCAGGACCGAGGAGACCAAGCAUUCACAGAGAGAGAAGCAUCAGAAAUCAUGAAGAGCAUCGGUGAAGCCAUCCAGUAUUUGCACUCAAUCAACAUUGCUCAUCGGGAUGUCAAGCCUGAGAAUCUCUUGUACACCUCCAAAAGGCCCAACACCAUCCUGAAGCUCACUGAUUUUGGCUUUGCCAAGGAAACCACCAGCCAUAACUCUCUGACCACUCCUUGUUACACGCCUUACUAUGUGGCUCCGGAAGUCCUGGGGCCUGAGAAGUAUGACAAGUCCUGUGACAUGUGGUCCUUGGGUGUCAUCAUGUACAUCCUACUGUGUGGGUAUCCCCCUUUCUAUUCCAACCAUGGCCUUGCCAUCUCUCCGGGUAUGAAGAGUCGCAUUCGAAUGGGACAGUAUGAAUUUCCAAACCCAGAAUGGUCAGAAGUAUCGGAGGAAGUAAAGAUGCUCAUCCGGAACCUGUUGAAAACAGAGCCCACUCAGAGGAUGACCAUUACGGAGUUUAUGAACCACCCUUGGAUCAUGCAAUCAACAAAGGUCCCUCAGACCCCACUGCACACCAGCCGAGUCCUGAAGGAGGACAAGGAGCGGUGGGAGGAUGUCAAGGAGGAGAUGACCAGUGCCUUGGCCACAAUGCGUGUUGACUACGAGCAGAUCAAGAUAAAAAAGAUAGAAGACGCAUCGAACCCUCUGCUUCUGAAGAGGCGGAAGAAGACGCGGGCCCUGGAGGCUGCGGCCCUGGCUCACUGAGCCGCCUCCACCCUCCGGCCCUGCUGGAGAAAAAGCAAUAACUCUCUACAUGAAAUAUAUUUUUUAAAAAGAAGAGACACAGACUGUUCACUUCUGCCUCCUUUCCUCCUCUGCUGCAUGGAGGCUGGAAUCUUGGUGGUGGCUAACAGCGCCUGCCCUGGUUCUGGCCAACCUUGGAGACACAGGCUGGGUGGCUGGGGGCAUGAGGAGAGAAGGGAGCAAGAUGCUCUUGAACCUGUGCUCGUUUUGCAGUUUUAUUGGUAAUUUGA